CUGGAUGGCAUGACAAAAGCAGAGAUGAGUGCAGUGUUGGAAAAAUUCAAAAUCCAGUCCCCACUCACUGGCAAUGAACUGACAGAACCCAUAGAGUUCAACCUGAUGUUUGCAACACAAAUUGGUCCCUCAGGGCUUGUCAAGGGUUUCUUACGGCCAGAGACUGCACAGGGGAUCUUUGUAAAUUUCAAACGUCUGCUGGAGUUCAACCAAGGACGCUUGCCAUUUGCUGCUGCGCAGAUAGGGAAUGCUUUCCGAAAUGAGAUCUCCCCCCGGUCUGGACUCAUACGAGUCAGAGAGUUCACAAUGGCAGAAAUUGAGCACUUCUGUGAUCCGAUGGAGAAGAAUCAUCCAAAGUUUGAAAAUGUACAGGACACUGAAAUGCUUUUGUACUCUGCUGCAAACCAGAUGGAUGGCAAGUCUGCAGAGCUGCACUCUAUUGGGCAAGCUGUUAAAGAGGGUCUAGUUGCUAACCAGACUCUGGGCUACUUCAUGGCCCGAAUUCAGCUGUUCCUGAUCCGCAUUGGAGUGGACCCAGUCAAGCUAAGAUUCCGCCAGCACAUGGGCAAUGAGAUGGCCCAUUACGCUUGUGACUGUUGGGAUGCAGAGUUGUUGACAUCCUAUGGCUGGGUUGAGUGUGUGGGAUGUGCCGAUAGGUCUGCUUUUGACUUGACGCAACACACCAAGGCUACUGGUGUACGGUUAGCAGCAGAGAAAAAACUUGCUGAACCAAAAGUUGUUGAUGUCACAGAACCUCAAGUGAACAAAGGUGCCAUAGGAAAAACCUUCAAGAAGGAUGGAAAAGCUAUAAUUGAUCAUUUGGCAGUAUUAGACAAGGAUGGUUUGCUAGAGUUGGAGAAGUCUCUGGCAGAUAAUGGUUAUUAUGUCAUCAACAUUGGAGGUGCAGAGUUCCAGCUGACCCCUGAAAUGGUGUCCAUAAAACAACAUCAGAAAACCAUUCAUGUGGAGGAAGUAAUACCUAGUGUGGUGGAACCAUCCUUUGGCAUUGGACGAAUAAUGUAUGCCUUGUUCGAACAUAACUUCAUAAUGCGUGAAGGAGAUGAGCAAAGAACAUUCCUGUCUCUUCCUCCUGUGGUGGCACCAUUCAAAUGUUCAGUGUUGCCACUAAGCAACAAUACAGAGUUCCAGCCCUUCAUCAGACAGCUAUCCCAAGAUUUGACAAAGUUGGAUGUAUCUCAUAAAGUAGACGACUCCAGUGGGUCCAUAGGGAGGCGUUAUGCUCGGACAGAUGAGAUAGCCAUUCCAUUUGGAGUGACUAUUGAUUUUGAUUCUCUCAAAUCUCCACAUUCUGCAACUCUGCGUGAGCGUGAUUCCAUGGCACAAGUUAGAAUACCUCUUGAUGACCUACCAAAAGUGGUGCGUGAUUUAGCGUAUGGGAAGACUACUUGGAGUGCUGUGGAAUAUAUGUUCCCAAAGUUUGAGCAACAAGAAUCAGUAACAAAAGCUGCGUGAGUGGAGUGGGGAUAUUGUUGAUACAUUAUAAAAUGCCACAAUAAACAUAAAAUUAACAGUAUGCACUUUUUUAAUUUCCUCCUCCAUUGCAACAAAGAAGUUAGUGUACCUUACAACUUUCUCUGUAGUGCCCAUAUUGUGAUAUCACAGUAUGAUAAAGACAUUUUGGUGAUAAGCUUAUGUGGCUGAAACAAGGCAGGUAGUGCAAUGGGAGACUACCAGGGUCAAAUAAAUGCCAUAAAUUUUGAGGAAUGGGGAAUAAAGAAAUUAAUGGCUCAUCUUCCCCCUCACUAAUUGUCCUUGACAUUGCACCUUAUUACUGUCUCCAGACUGACAAACCAUCAUCACAUGCAGUAGAGGCAGACAUGACUUCCUGGUGCCACAAGAAUGGUGCGAACUGUAACAAGACUGAGAAAAAAUAAGCGCACAACCUCCAGUUGAAACUCAUACAGUUGUUAUGACUAUUUCCUGUGUAAUUUAAAUGCCACAGAACUCCAUGGGCCAAAAUAAAGAGGACUAUGCAUGGAAACAAUCAUAAGAGACCUGAGGCUGCAAAAAUUACAAGUGAAAAAGAUGGAAUGGCACUUGUGACAAAGGAAGACAGGGAACAGUUUUAUGAACACAGAAACAGUUGAAAACCAAUAUUGGAAAGGAGAUGGGAAUAUUCCAGAGAUGACAGACCAUACUGUCAUUAACCUAGGUCCUGGCAGUGACAGUGAUAAUGACUGUGAGAACAGUUAUGCUUAAUCAAGGUGAAACUGACACUUAGUACAGUAAUAUUAUGCUGGAUGAAGACAGUGAUAUGACACUUGCACAGCCACGGCAGAGUUAAGCAGUGAAUGUUUUGGCUCAGGUAGCAGCAGCUAAGCCAUGCUUUUAAUGGUUCAGAUUUCCUCCAUUCCUCACAAGUCUGAAGAUUAGUCUUUUACUGUAGCCUUAGUUUUUCUUACUGUAUUUCUGAACACAUC